AAGUUCUCGAGCCAUUCCCACAACUUUCCCUCCUUUCAGCUUUCCCUCUCGUCUCUUUCUCUCUCGAUCACAAAUCACCGUCACCGAGCCAUUCUUCACUGCCUCUUCCCUGAUUAUCUCUGCAUUGACAAGCUUCAGUCCAACCUGCAUGCCUCUCCAUUAUCGCCAAGAUGCCCAACGAAACAAGUUCGUCUAAAUGACAAACCCCUUUCGGUGGUCGAACACAAAUUAGGGUUCUCCCAUCCGUAGGGUUUACCUCUCCUAUUCCAAAUCACCCUCUUCCACCCCUAAAUUCAAACCGUUAAAGACAAAAGGAAUAAAAUCAUUUGUUGAUCUUCGGAGAGAGAGAGCCACACCUCGACGCGAUGACUGGGAAGGCGAAACCCAAGAAACACACGACUAAGGAGAUCGCGGCGAAGAUCGAUGCAGCCACUACCAACAGCGACGACGGUAAGGCGGGCUUGGCGGACCGGUCUGGUGUGGAGAAAGGCGGGCACUUGAAAUACGAGUGCCCGCUCUGUAAAGUCACGGUGCCUGACGUGAAAUUGAUGCAGAUUCAUCACGAGGCGCAUCACCCUAAGAUCCCCUCUGAGGAGGACAAGGUCGUCAACCUUCACGCCAUAAUCGCCAGCGAAUCGUCGAAGCCGCGUCCAAGCAUUCGCGGAAGCCACAAGAAAUGCUUAGAUUUUGGAAACGAGAUACUCUUUGCAUUUUUAACUUAGUCGUAUUUUUGGGAAGACUUAAGCUCUAACCAUGUCAUCUUCAAAUGACCACUAACCAGAAUGUUUUGGAUGUGGGGACUAGAAGUGGCAUUCUUGCUAUAUGGUCAGCUCAAGCAGGCGUGAGGAAGGUGUAUGCAGUGGAAGCGACGAAGAUGUCAGAACAUGCCUGUGCACUAGUCAAAGCGAAUAAUCUCCAGAAUGUAGUUGAGGUCAUCGAGGGAUCAAUGGAGGAUGUUACCUUGCUUGAGAAAGGAUUUGUGGUGGAAGAAAACAUGCUCGUGACCACUGGCUCAAACCGACAAGAGUGAUGUGUGGAGGCUAUAGUAAAAAGGAACCUGGUGAAGUACUGACACUUCAUAAGCGAGUGUUAGCCGUGCUAAAUGAGGCAAGAAUUCAGAACGUUCUUUCUUUCUGAGGCCAUCUAACUAUUUGGACCAUUUUUUAUUCUUUGUCAACUGUUUGACUACUGUCCCAGGAAUAAUUUGGAUGGUAAGAUUGUUAAGAGAGGGGAUUAUGCGAUAGCAGCAACGAGGGCGGUUUAUUAUGUUACCCCUGGCAAUCACAGUAGUGCCUCAAAGUGAAACAAGGUUAUUAAGGAAACAAUUGAUUCCAAUAUUACAAUAGAAUACAAGUCAAACACAGUUGAUGAUUUACAUAUGAGGAAGCCAAAUAUUAGCAAAGCGAAGGAACUGCUGAUUUGGGAACACAAAAUCUCACUUAAUGAUGAAAUUGGAUUCUGAAUAAAGAUGAAGGUAAAGGGAUGAAAUUUUCCUUUAGGAAGGAGAUUUAUUCUAAUCUUCCAUUUCAGGCUACGAAGGAAGUUAAUUAGCUUUUAGAAAUGUUACCUUUAGAAGUUUAAUUGUAUAUUGAUUUACAAUAUGAAAAUCAAAGUUAAUUAGCUUUUAAAAAUGUUACCUUUAGCAGUUUAAUUGUAUAUUGAUUUACAAUAUGAAAAUCAACUAAGAUACACGUGAUUGUUAAUUUAUUUAGAUGUUCAUGCUUAACUUCAUCCAUAUUUGUA